AUGAUCAUCAGCAUGGCGUUCAUGAAUACAGAUAGUUUAGCCUCUUCGUUUACUCUGUUUGUUACUGUGGUGGCCAUUAUUUAUAGUCUUGCUUGGGCCCAGAGUGGCGUGUGUGCAUCCACCCCUGCUGAUCCUUGCAUCUAUUUAAAAGGGACUCCUGCCUCCUACAGCUACUCACAGCAUUUGCACACAGAGGACCAAAGCUCCAACAGCAGCUGCCCCGAGGAAUGUGGAGCCCUCCGACGUCACCCUGAAACGCCCGGGGUCCUGUUUUUAAGAAGAAAAACUUUUCUAAACCACGAACAACUCUACGGGACGCUCCGGUGUGUUUCCAUAGUAACAGCGGCGUAG